GAAGGAUAAAAUUGUAGUAUAAAAUGAGGAUUCUUUAACUUAAUUAUGCAUUCUUGGUUUGUGAACAGACUUAGGAAGAAGUAAAAAUGGUUUUCAAAUUUACCGUAAUUUGCGCCUUCGCCUUCUUGGUACAGGAGAGUAUCGCCGGACAGAACUACGGUUGCAGCUGCCAAUCGAUCAGCAUCCCCUGCAGCGGUGGCGCCCUGAACAUACAGGCUAUCGGUCCCAUCACUCCGUCCGGCAUCGCCGUGGCCACAGACCUGGGCCUGUCCGGCGACCUGGACCUGUCCGGCACGCUGCCGUACCUGAGCGCGGUGGCAUUCGAGGGCCAGUUCGACACCCGCGGCUCAGCGCCGGUGUGCUACGGCUGCGGGGACUGCGUCGCCAUCACGGAGCAGAUCGGUGGAUCCAGCGGCUGCGGAUGCGGCAAACGCUAAAAGUGCUAAAA